UACCAAACACAACUCAGCACGCUCAGAGCUGUAACCGUGAAAGGAAAGUGCAUUCAAGGCUCACCAACAUGGCUCAUAUCUGCAUUCACUGGUUCCGCAAGGGACUGAGGCUGCAUGAUAACCCAGCGCUCCUGGCUGCUCUGAGGGACUGUCAGCAGCUCUACCCUGUGUUCCUCCUGGACCCUCACCUCCAUGACAACAUGUGCAUCAACCGCUGGAGGUUCCUCGUCGGAGCCCUGAAAGACCUGGACUGCAGCCUGAGGAAGCUCAACUCCAGGCUGUUUGUCGUACGAGGCCGACCAGAGGACGUUCUCCCAAAGCUGUUCGACAAGUGGAAAGUAACAAAGCUGACCUAUGAGUACGACACUGAGCCCUACAGUCUGGGCCGGGACACAGCAGUGACCGCAUUGGCCAAAGAACACGGAGUCCAAGUCAUCUACAAAAUCUCUCAUACCCUUUAUGAUAUAGAGAGGAUAAUUGAGGAAAACGAUGGGAAGGCUCCUCUUACUUAUACCCGAAUGCAGGCAUUAGUGAAAACUCUUGGUCCUCCGAAGAAACCCGUCCCUGCGCCAACCGUGGAGGACAUGGCAGAGGUGAAGACUCCGUGUUCAGAAAGCCAUGAGCAGCAGUAUGGGAUCCCUGCUCUGGAGGAGCUCUGCCCAGACGCUGCAGCUCUCGGAGUUGAGCCAUUUCCAGGAGGAGAACAGGAGGCUCUGAGGAGACUGGAUGAACAUAUGAAACGAACGAAAUGGGUGUGUGAAUUUGAGAAGCCCCAGACGUCUCCAAACUCUCUGAGCCCCAGCACCACUGUUCUCAGUCCGUACGUCACAGUCGGCUGCUUGUCCGCUCGCACCUUCUGGUGGAGGCUUGCAGACGUCUAUCAGGGGAAGAAGCACUCCGAUCCUCCAGUGUCCCUGCAUGGCCAGUUACUGUGGAGAGAGUUCUUCUACACAGCCAGUGUGGGUAUCCCAAACUUCAACAAGAUGGUGGGCAACUCUGUAUGUACUCAAAUUGACUGGGACACUAACUCCGAAUAUCUGGCUGCAUGGAGAGAGGCUCGGACUGGUUUCCCAUUCAUUGAUGCCAUCAUGACUCAGCUGAGACAGGAGGGCUGGAUCCACCACCUGGCCAGACAUGCUGUCGCUUGUUUCCUCACCAGGGGAGACCUGUGGAUCAGCUGGGAAGAAGGACAGAAGGUUUUUGAAGAUCUCCUGUUGGAUGGCGACUGGGCUCUGAAUGCUGGGAACUGGCAGUGGCUCUCAGCCAGUACCUUCUUCCAUCAGUACUUCAGGGUCUACUCGCCUGUAGCCUUCGGCAAGAAGACCGACAAGAAUGGAGACUACAUCAAGAAGUACCUUCCUCUUCUAAAGAAGUUCCCAGCUCAGUACAUCUAUGAGCCUUGGAAAGCUCCUGGCAGCGUCCAGCAGGCAGCAGGAUGCAUUGUGGGUAAAGACUACCCACAGCCUAUUGUACAACAUGAGGUGAUCAGCAAGACAAACAUCCAGAGGAUGAAGUCAGCUUACGCAAAGAGAUCCUCAGACAAAACUGAUUCACCCACUAAAAAGCAAGGUAUAAAGCGCAAGGGUCCAUCUGUUGUCGACAUGAUGAAGAACAAAGGAAAAAAAGAGAAAACACCCUCUAGUUAAGUCUAAGUAAAUCACUGUUAGUGACUAUUGCUUACAAAAACACAGGGUUUGUGUUCUUCUUGUGCUAAAGCUUGAACUGGGUAAAGUCUUCUUGUUUUUCACUUAUAUUGUAUACAUUUAUUUCUGAGGAGAAUUGUUGCGUAAGAUAACGUCAGGUUAGAGUUAUACUGGAAGACUUAACACUUGAAGGCAUUAAUUACAUAUAAAAGCAUGAAACAUUUUAAUAAAACA